GCCCCCCGCAGCCCGGAACCCUCGCUCGCGGCCCGAGGUCGCCGGGAAGAAACCCAGUACAGUCACCGGUCUCCGUCAUCCAUGGCCGCCGCGCUGUUCGCCCGGGCCUGCGGCCCAGUCCGCGGAGCUCUCCGGCCUUGGGACUGGCGUUGCUUACAUACCAUCUACCAGUCUGUGGAACUGCCCGAGACACACCAGAUGCUUCGUCAGACGUGCCGGGACUUUGCUGAGAAGGAGCUCUUUCCCAUCGCGGCCCAGGUGGACAAGGAACAUCGCUUCCCGGCGGCUCAGACUUCUGUGAAUUCCACCCCAGAAGUGUCCCCUGAAUGGCACCGCCUCUCACCUCUCCUGGCAAGAAUUCGUCUCUCUGUGUUUCAGGAGCGUUUGUUCAUAAUCCCUAAUUCUCUGGAUGUGCUUGUCAUGUGAUGGUGUGUAUCCUUUGUCCCAGUUAUUUCCCACAGUUGCCUCCCUGAAGGCCGGGAUUGGUCUUGUUCACGCCCCUACCUCCUCGCCCUCCAUAAGUGCUUGGCAUUCAGCAGAUGUUUGCUGAACUUUAUGGACUUGAAUUUUAUGGUUAAGUCAUCCUGAGUGUCCUUAUUGUCCCAGCACUUAGCACACACUGACCCAGCGUGGGA